AUGAGAACCACUACUGGAAUCGCUAUUAUCUUGUUGCUUUUACAAUUUUCUGCGGUACAUUCUACGAGGAAAUACGGAAGUAAGACGACUGACAACAACUCAGUGCAAACAGUUAAAUAUCAAGAACAUAGAGACGUGUCUCUCCUUUAUGGUGCUUCCAAAGAUGCAGAAGACUCCGGGAAAACAAUUGCAGACGGUAAUAAAAGAAGCACCGAUUUUUUCGAUGGAAAUUUCAAAUUAAAGAGGAAAGUUAAAAAGCACCAUUUUAAAGGUUCACGUGGGUUUCCUAAAAGACGCGUUGUUGAUAUGGGUCGCCUCUCUGGCACGAGGAAGAAAACUGUUCAGACCAAUGACAAUUUUAGCGAGUAUCAGGAAAGAGAAAAAAUGGUACCUAGCGUAAAAGAAAGUAAAAUGGACGACAAGAAAAAUUAUGCACCCCGAAAAAGACAUAAAAUUCCACUCAAGACCAUACGCCACAAAGAGACAUCUACAAAGAAAAGAACUAAAGUCGAAGAUGACCUAAGCGCGGAGCGACAAACUAUUACAAAAACACUUGACUCUUUUGAUGACAUAUCAGGGUCUUACAAUAGAGGAAUUGAUAUGGACGGCAUGGAUAUCAAAGAAGUGAGCAUGAUCGACAACAACACUCUGUCAGACUAUUUUCACGCUUUGAAUGGAAAUGCAAGUGAAGGUAAUAAAAACAACAACUUCUACAAUAACAUGCCAGAGUACGCGUCGACGCCUACACCAGCUUCAACAUGGGAUGAAGGUUCCCCCUCAAACACAGAGGAAAAUAGUGGUAGUGACGAUUUCUAUGACGCCAUUGAUCGUGGAGACAAGCCUCCUCCGCUAAAAAUGAAAAAGGUUCGUCCUACAAAGUCCAACUUUGACACGUUAAUGCACAAGUCAAGCAAACAUGUGGGGUCCUCGCCGACAAAUCCAGGAACAGGGUCUUCGUCUAAAUUUCGUUUACCCUCUCAAGAGGAUUUCGAAAAUUUUUUUCGUGGAAUGCUCGAUCAUUUUGGCCAUGGACGAAAUCCUGACCAGUCUGUACAACAGAGUGAAAGUAAGGUGGAUGAACACGAAAGGUUGGCCAGCCAAAGGAACAUUUCAAAUUUUUUAGAGGCUCUUAAUGAGCAUCGUCCAGGAAACGUAACUAAAGUGGUAUCACUAGGAAGCCCUGAGGAAGUGGAGGUUGGACGACAAUCCCAAAACCAUAAUAUGGAUUUAACGUCCCACAAAAGUUCUCCUGUGUUUACCAGUGAACAGGUUGGGAGAGAUGGAGAAGGAUUAACGCCUUUCCUACCGGCAGAAAACUCAAUGAGAUGGAGACAAGGGUCAUUUGGAGACACGAGAAUUCCUUUUCGUGGUCACGUAAAAGGGCCCGUAAUCAAAGUUGGAAAUCCCUUAACUUUCUUGCGCAUACCUCCUCGAGAUUCCGAAAAACAAGUCGAUCGCUUUUUUCCGAAGAAGCCGAAUGGCGCUCUGCCUUGGAAUCCACCUUAUAAGGGAACUCGGAUCAUGGGAGGAAAAAUAUCCGGUGGUCAAAUUUCUGGGGGACUAAUUCAAGGGGGACAGAUAAAAGCCGGGUCGGUAGAGGGUGGUAUCAUUAAAGGGGGUCAGAUUGUCGGAGGAAGAAUAGCUAAUGGCACUAUGGAGGGCGGGGUAAUUGCAAAAGGGCAAAUGUUAGGAGGGCACUUGGUGAAUGGUAGACUUGAAGGAGGAAAGCUUCUCGGUGGCGAUGUAUUUGGAGGAAGGAUAUUAGGAGGAACUGUAGAAGGCGGGGAAAUGAAGGGUGGAGUGGUGGCCGGUGGGCGUUUUCGUGGAGGACGCAUGCAGGGUGGACUGCUUAGAGGAGGUGAGGUACAAAGCGGAACUUUGAGGGGUGGAAAAGUUGAAGGUGGUGUUCUUCAUGGAGGAAAUGUUGAGGGAGGUGAGUUCAAAUUUGGAGAUAUAUCUGGAGGGACUCUGAAGUCUGGUGCGAUGCUCGGUGGACAGCUCAAAAAUGGAAGUAUAGAGGGAGGAACUCUUAAAGGAGGAACAAUAGAAGGAGGUGUGUUGAAAGGUGGAGUCAUGGAAGGUGGACGGCUGAAGGGAGGGCUUGUCCUUGCUGGUAAAAUUAAGGGUGGAGUUAUCGAGGGAGGAAUAAUCGAAGGUGGCGAGAUUGGAGAUGGGGUCGUGAUAAGGAAUGGUAAAGUUAACGCCACGAUCAUAGGUACAGGGACCACCAUUGAUAAGAAUCAGGAACUCAGUGGUAUAUUUCAACAAGGAGAAAAUCCGCAGCAGUUAGGACUCGAAGUUGACCAGCCAAAAUUUCAUCAUCAUCAAAAUGGCAAGACAUCACAUGCAUUAAAAGCCAUGUCAGACUCACCAACCAGUCCUCAAGGGUCUGCCCCUACACCAGAGCCCAAUCUUGAACAAAAGGCAGCCAAUCCAAGUACGGAUAUCAAAGUACCUUUACAGGAAGGAACUCUCAAAAUGCUACCCCAAGAAAAUGAUCAAUCGGAUGAUAGUAGUCUUGAAAAGUUGUUAUCUGAAGGAAAGUCCGACGGUGAUAAUUUAGUUACUCCUGAACUUUCGUCACAGCGGUUCUUUGAAGAACAGGAUCAACCCAUUCGAGCUGUUCAAAAAAAAAAUUCCAAACAACAUCACGUUGUUUUUGACGGGGUCGGCUUUGAUCUUCCUAAUGAAGAUUUUGUAGAUCUCAUCGAUAAAAUGAAGGAAGGGCCACAAUCGGUAGAGGACCUGGUCAAUUAUUAUACAAAGCCAAAAAGGAAGGAAAACUCACAUAUCGGGGGUAUAUUAGAAGAAAAAAAUGCGCACAUUAAGCCAGAGGAACUCGAAGCUAGACUUAGCAGUCCUACAAAACCGAGAUCCAGUGUUACUCACUCCGACAAAGAUAAACACCAAAGCCAUGGCGGUACAGAUGCUCCAAGUUCAAAAUUUUCAAAACCUAACGAUGAAAAAAUAAAGGCCGUGAGCUUCAAUACCAAGGAUGCCGAGAAAUUAAGGCCAACUUAUCACUGGUCCCUAAACAAGCUCAUGGGAGAUCGGAUACCUGGCAGUCCAGGACCAGCCAUACGAACACACGGAGAGAUGGUAGCUAUACGAGGAGGGCUGCAUCUGAAUGGUCAUAAUGCAUGGCUGGGGGCUGGCGACUUCUCUGGUGGAUGUAUCAGCGAUCCUGACACCUGUGAUGAUGGGCUCUCAUUUGAGAUGACCUUCCGACUGGACAAGGAUGCCCUGAAAUACAACGACAUGAAUUACAUCGUGGACUCAGGAGCGUCGACAUUUAAUUCUAAAGGCUUUACCCUGUACACUGUACACGGAAAGUUAAGGGCUGAUUUAGCUCUUGCAAAUCAAGAGUUUUGCGUACAAAUUCCUGUGACAGUCCAAAAAUGGCAAGAUGUUUUGAUUACUUGGAAGAAAAGCGAGGGAAUGAAGAUGUAUGUAAACUGUGAACUGAAGGCGCACACAAAGGGAAGCGAACACUGCAUCGGUUGUCACUCACGUGGGUGUCACGUGACGGACACUAAUACGCUACUGAUGAUUGGCAGGCCGAAUUAUAGUCCACAUUUUCACUGCACCAAGUUUGACAGUGGCGACAUAGCAUUCUGGGAGAAGUAUCUGUCGGCGAACGAUGUUGAAACGUUGUGUGGAGCACCCACAGGUGAAACUGAAAAACCUAGCUCCGUGAAUAAAGAGACCAAUGAACUGACAAUCCAAAGAGCACCUGUCAAUCAAGCCUUCAAUCAAGUUAGAUAUCCAGCCAAUCCAAUGCAAAGUUACGUCGCAAAUCAACCAUACUUUAAUCGAUAUCCAGGCCUAUUACCCAGGGGGAGUGAUGUGAGUCAUCAACUGUUUACGCCUUGGAGUUUCUGGAGCGCAUGCUCUAAGACCUGUGGUGUUGGAUUUCGAGUUCGCAGGCGCUCUUGUAUAAAUCCAACACUCUUUCCCACUGGUGGACUGUGUAACGGACUUUCCAUACAGCAUCAAUCAUGUUUUGAUCGAAUUUGCCCAGCAUAUACCUCUCAGAUUCUUCCAAGCUUAAGCCAAGGCCUAGAAGCUCAAAGCGUCAAGCUAUUCGCUUUUAAUCCAGCGACAAUUUAUGCAGCGUUUCAUAACCCACGAGUCUCCAGCUUGCAACAUGUAACAGAGCCUGGUCUCACUCGUGCACUAACUAAAGAUGGCGGAUACAGUGAUUGGUCAGACUGGGGUAACUGUGACAGGUCCUGUGGAGGGGGCGCUCAGGUGCGAACCAGAAUUUGCAACAACCCCCUGCCCUCUGGUGGCGGAAAGAUGUGUCAUUCGUUAGGACCGGCCAUUCAAGUUCGACGCUGCAACCGCCGUGGCUGUCCAGUGGAUGGAGGAUACAGUUCAUGGAGUGCAUUUGGUCCUUGCUCUAAAACAUGCGGCAGUGGCGGAAUUCAACGGCGGGUUAGAACCUGUACAAACCCAGCACCAAUGAAUGGCGGGAAGUCAUGCUUUGGGCACCCUGUGCAAACACGAACCUGCAGCACAAGGAGCUGCCCAGUUGAUGGAGGAUACAGUAUGUGGUCACCCUGGCUGCCGUGUGACGCCGAUUGCGGUGGAGGAAUUCAAGAGAGAAGCCGUUUUUGUGAUAAUCCCCGUCCAGAAAUUGGUGGAAGAGACUGUACCAUUUUAGGCUCAAACAGACAGACACGACUAUGUAACCUGUUCCCUUGUAAUGUAAAUAGUUUUCAAUAAAAAUAAAAAAGUUAAGAGUUCUUAACCCUUUAACUUCCGUGAGUGACCAAGAAAGAAUUUCUCCUUACAAUAUCAAUACAUUACCAAUCAGAUUAGUGAUGAGAUUAAAGAAAAAUAUCAAUUUGGGGAUAAUUAGAUGAUCCAAUACUAAAUUCUCUGAACUGACAUUAUCAAAAUUUUAUGGUUGACAGUUAGGAGAAUGACAAAUUUGAUCUGUGAAAGGGGUUUACUGUAAAAAGCCAAAUAUUGUUAUAAACAUUAACAUGAACUCUGAGGUACAUUUGCAUGACACGAGUAUUAUCCGUUAUCUUUAUCACUAAGUUCAUCAAUUUCUUUGAAGAGUUGGAUCUAAAAUGUUAAUCCUUGCAUUCUGUGGUGAACCAUAUAAAAGUACAUAACAAUUCAUAACAUAUCAAUCAUAAUUUACUACAGCACCAAUGCCUAA